CAUUUUCCUUCAACGGACCUCCUGUCAGAGAGGAUGGAGUGUAUGUCGUAACAUCGUUCGGUUAAUGGACAAACUAUACGUAGUUUGAAAUGUCUUCACAAAUGGGUUAUAGGAAUUAUCUAAACAAGGUCAAUUGUUGAAUUAAAGCUGAAUACCUUCACGACAAGCACAUCUGGAUUGUUUAAUUUCAACUCCAUCCUGGUGGUGUACAGGUGUCUCAAACACAGUGUCAAUGUCCAAAUACCUAUGGACCAGGCUAUCACUGGCACAAAGGCACUGCAAACUGACAAGAGAAAUUAAAACAAUGAAAAUUUUAUUUGUCAGCCUAGUUUUAAUUUGGGUGCUGCCACAGACGGAAAGCGACACGGUGACAUCUAGCCAGCAUGUGACGAUGACUGAAACCAGCAUCACAGUCCAGAAUAAUCUGCCCAGCCAACAGAAACUUGCAGCACAUUCCAGCACUGCUUCACUCCGUGUCCCCACAUCCACAAACACAGCCAUGCCAAGUUCACAAACUUCAAUAACAAUCGCCUCAAGACUCCAUUCCACAUCAUCCAUCCCAGGCGACGCAACUCCAACAGAGGCGCUAACUAUGAAACCAAGCACAAAACAUGUACUAACCUAUAGUCAAACACAUUCUGCAACAACUUCAAGUAAUUUCGUCCUGGCUCAAUCCAAGAAUUCAACAGAAUCUACGCAGGAAAAGACUGAUGCAGAAGACCCAGUCACAUCACUGCAGCCAGUGACUGUAAUCAAUGAAGCCAGCAGCUCAACCACCAAAUCUAUGAGUGCACCUCCAGUGGUCACCAGCAUCUCCCAAAGCCAAGACACAACAACAUCAUCAACAGCUCUCAGGAGCACGCACGAGACUCCGCGUCUGUCUGCAAGUCCGACAAAACCAACAAUCUUCAUAUCUACCAAAACUGUGGAAAACCAUUCCGAAAAUCAGAGUUCAGCCACAGGUGGUGGUCCUACGCAGAACAGAGGUUCAUACACAAUGUCUCCAGUCACCACUCCCACCACCAAGACCGUAACAAGCAAACCUCCUCCACUGCCAGACACCAAGGCCAACAAGGGCGUAAAACACGGUGAUAUUGUGGCAGGAGUGAUAGGUGGAGCUUUAGUGCUAAUGAUGGUAGGCUUCCUGGUCAUAUUUAUAAAGAAGCACAGGUUUCAGAAGCAGCAAAUAUCAACCGAGUGGGCCGGCCCUUCCCCUUUUCUCGAGAACACCCCAGACAGUGAUCGAGCAGCACUCAGGUCAUCAAACAGAAUUUCCCUCUCCAGCUUCCUGCCUCAGAGGCUCUCUAGGAGAAUGCCGUCACUCCAAGAGCUCGAUGAGCUGACAGAGAUUAACGCAAACAGUAGUUUUGGAGUCCAACAUCAAGAGGUUACAGCUGAAUCAAAAGGAAGUGAUGAUUGUGCGCAUGGCAGCAAUGUGUCCGCGAUAGCCAUUCCAGAAAUGAAAACCACAAGUGCUUCAGAACCUGUUGAAAACACAUCACUGAAUUCACCACAAAGUAAUGAACCACAAUCCAUGAACCAUGACUCACAGGGCCCACUCCUCACAAAAGAAGACACCACAAACGGUUCUGUAGAAAAUCCUGCAGCACAGCUUAAAGAUGGUCUUGACUAAACUUAAGUGAGCUUAAAAUUACUGCACAGUUUGUACAAGUCCUCUGUUGGUGGGUCGUUAAAAGGAUCCCUGUCUGUACCGAUUUCAGCCGGCAGCGUGCUGUCAAAAGGCUCACCAUCAUCCAUGGGAUCAUCACACACAGGGGCCACAUAAACUGAAGGAACACAUUAAAUGACAAAAGUACAACACAGGCAGUAAUGGAGUACCACUCAACAUGUGACCAGUUAACACACAACAGUAAUGUGGGUGUCACAUUUGUAGAGACACAAAAUUUCUACAGAUGAAUAAUUCAACCUGUUCCUUUUCACUGCUGGAAGGACUUUUGUUUCCGUUUGAUAAUCUGAACAUCUGAAUGAGAGUGCGCAAACUCAGAAUAUGACAGACAAAAGUUGUCACUGGUUUACACAGGAAGUUCUAACUUGACACUCUCCAGAAGAAACCUGUGAAGAGAUGGUUAUCAAGACCUCGCUGCAAAAUGAUACUGUGGCCUACUAAUCUAAGACUACAACGCUUCAGUGGAAACAGUUCAGAUUACUACAUAUAAUUAACACUUCUCUUGCCUUUGCAUUGGUCAUUUUAUUUCCACCACGAAGUUGGUUAUAUUCAUUACACUGUGUGCUUGCUGGUUUCUCAGCAAGCGACUUGUAAUUCCUUCAAAGCUGUCAUAGAGGAUUCCCUCUUUAGCGAUUCAUGUCCAUUUACCAUGUGCUUUACAUUUCUUAAUAUUUGAUUUAACUGAACUCCAAGAGCCAUUAAACAACUUGAAAAGGUUCUCGUAGUCAUUGGCGAACUUCUGCAAAAGUGAUGUUUCAGUUGUGUAAUUUGUAACGAGAGUGAUUAUUAUAUAUAUUUUUAAUAUUUACACCAUGUUGCAGACAUGUGCUUCUACUUUGAGAUUUAACAGCAUAUUAUUUUGUGUAAGAUGUCUACAAUUUUUUAAUUUGACAAAUAAAUAAAUAAAAUAAACAAAACAUGUAAAAACCUAA